CAACUUCACGUCCUAACCUAAAAUUGUUCAACAAACGUCAAAUCGUUUUUUUUUACAUAACACCAUUACAAAAACAACAAAUUAAUAUCACAAAUCAAUAAACAGAAACAAAUAUGCAUAAAUAUGCGGAAUUAUCGAAAUUGGCCACUAAUUAUGCGAGGAGGAUGAACCAUUUGUCAAAUAGGAUCUUUGGGGAGGUUACAAGACCUACUAACCCUAAAUCUCUGAGGGUUCUCCGUAUGUUUAGUGAAAAGCCCCUAGAAAAACGUCCAGAAAUCGUCGAUUACUACCCCAGGCACGUAGAAACCUACAGCCUGAUGAUGAGACUAAGAUAUUAUGGUUUAUACAGAGACGAACACGAAGACUUCAAAGAUGAAAUGAAUAGGAUGCGUGCUCUACGUGGAAAAGCAUGGAAAGGACCCAAAAUGAGUAAAAAGAAUAAACAAACAGAAGAAAACUCAUCGUAGUCAUUAAA